AUGGCAAAUGAGAAAAUAGAUAAUCUUAGUCAAAAACUAUCUCUUGUUGCAGUUACUUUUGGAGUUAUAGCUUUAGUAUUUACUUGUGUUGGCAUUAGUACACCAAAUUGGGAAUUAUCAUAUACAAAAACAAGUGUUCCAUCAUAUUCUUUAUCGAGUACGGCAAAUUUUUUCUAUACUUGCCAUUUUACCAAUGGUUCAUACGAGGAUUGUACAAGUCGUACAGUUAAUCUUAUGAAUUAUCCAAGAUAUUUAUCAUCAUAUCCAUGGAUGACUGAUUAUUAUUUGCGUAUACAAAAUGCAGCUGGCUUAUGUAUUGUUGGUAUUCUCUUUCUUGUUUUUGGUACAAUGACGACAUUAGUUCUGGCAUUUAUUCCAUUAUCAACAUGGAUUAAUAUAAUUCCAUCUAUAUUAUUAUUUUUUGCUUGUUUAUUUAUGCUUGCUGGUAUGGCUGAAGGUUCACGUUAUUUAUUAUAUAAUGGCUAUUCAGCUAAUUUGUAUCAAGCAGGUCAUCUAUUUACUAUAUUGACUCUAAGUUUAAGUGCUUUUACUAUAGGUCGUAUUCAUUUUUCUCGUAUGAUAGAAAAAGAAGUUCAAACUAUUGCUCGUAAAUAA